AAGAAAUCAGAAAUUUGGCGUAAUUUCUGAUGGACUGGAAGUAUUGUGCAUUCUCUAUGUGGAUUUAUUCUUUUGUCUUGUGCUACACUGACAAAUUAAUUUAUGAAGUAGAAACGAUGGAUUCUAUGCUAUAACGAGGGAAACUGGAAUUAUUUCCAGCUGUGAUUUGUGAGAUUUUAAAGGACCAAUUUUGCAUGAUCGACCUUCAUCCUUCUGCUUCGUGAGUUUUUUUUUUUUUUUUUAUUUUUUUUAAUUCAAUUUCCUCUGAGUCUCUGAAUGUCAAUUCUUAGCUUCCGCUCCUUCCUUCUUCUUCUUCUUCUUCCCUCUGCUGAUUCAUUAUCUUUCCGUAAAACAAGGUUUGACGCAGCUGACACUAGCUUCAUCUAUGAAGGUGGUGCGGCUGUGUUCGUCGGUGCCAUUGAACUUAACAAUGAUGCUUACCAGUGUCAGGUUGGUCGAGCAACUUAUAUAGAGAAAGUACAAAUCUGGGAUUCCAAGACACAAAAGCUCUCAGACUUCACCACCCGUUUCACUUCCACCGUAGACAUCCAGCGCCGUCUUAUUUAUGGUUCUGGGUUCACUUUCUUCCUUGCUCCUGUUGGAUUUCAAGUACCAACGAAUUCAGCCGGUGGCUUUCUUGGCUUGUAUAAUGUCACAACUAUCAACUCUCCAAACCAAAUUCUUCACAUUGAAUUUGACACAAACCCAGACCCGGAUUGGGAUCCUCAGUUUGAGCAUGUGGCUAUUAACAUCAAUUCACUUUAUUCGUCUACAUAUACUCGUUGGAAUGUCACUUUACACAGCGGUGAUAAUACUGAUGUCUUGAUCAAUUAUAAUAGUAGAACCAAGAAUCUGAGCGUGUCUUGGAGAUUUCUUCUCACAGGUACUUCUCAAGAGAUUACCAGUCUUUCCACCAUUGUUGAUCUCAGAGAGGUUCUUCCUGAAUGGGUUACAAUUGGCUUCUCGUCUGCUACAAGAGAUUAUGUUGAACGCCAUGCAAUUCUGUCGUGGGAGUUCACUUCAAGCUUGGACACAGAUGAUGGAAACCAGACAAAUGCUAAAAAGAUAAGACUUGUAGUACUUCUUGUCCUAGCAGCUUGUGUACUGAUAGGUGCAGUGGUUAUAGCAUUAAGCAUUUGGUGGACAAAGAAGAUGAUGGUGGGAAUAAAAGACACAAUAAACUUAACGUCACUUAACGAUGACCUUGAAAGAGGAAGAGGUCUGCAAAGAUUUUCUUAUAAUGAGCUCGCUUUAGCCACCAACAAUUUCUCAACUGACACCAAGUUGGGUGAAGGAGAGUAUUAUUAUUCUGUUCACAAAGGACACCUUCCUCGUCUAAAAAUGUCAGUUGCUGUGACAAAAUACCUUGGGGAUUUAACACAGACGAAAAAGGAAUACAUAACAGGGAUGAAGAUCAUAAGCCGAUUGAGAGAUCAAAAUCUUUUACAGCUCCUAGGUUGGUGUCAUGAAGAAGGGAAGCUCUUGCUUGUCUAUGAGUUUCUGCCAAAAGGGAGUCUUGAUUCUCACUUAUUUGGGAAUAGGACUACUACUCUUCCUUGUGAUGUAAGAUAUAGAGCAACUCUUGCAUUGGCCUCUGCUUUGGUCUUCCUUCAUGAAGAAUUGGAACAAUGUCUAGUCCAUGGCGAUGUGAAUGCAAGCAAUAUCACGCUAGAUUCAAAUUUUAAUGCGAAGCUUUGUCAUUUUGGAUUAGCUCGGCUAUUGAACCAUGAGCUUGUUUCACAAAACACAGGCGAGGCUAGUAGAGAAUCAGAUGUAUAUGGGUUUGGGGUGGUUGCCUUGGAGAUUGCGACGGGAAGAAGAGUGCUUGAUCCCAUUGAAGACAGACCUGAAAUAAGUUUGGUGGAGUGGGUGUGGGAUCAUUACAGAAACAAGACGCUUAGAUUGGCUGUUGAUAGGAGACUUAAUAUGGAUUUUGACGAGAAACAAAUGGAAUAUUUAAUGAUAGUUGGACUAUGGUGUGCUCAGCAAGAUCAUGGCUCAAGGCCUUCAAUGAGACAAGCGAUUCAUGUUCUUAAUUUCAAUGCUGUAUUGCCCAAUCUUCCUAUAAAUUAGAUGUCUCCUCCUCUGCAUAAUUUAUCAUUCCGUCGGCUAGCUUAUCUGGAACAUUGCUUGUCUGGUAAGGAAAAAAACUUGCGAAGGACGAAGUUCUGCAAGAAAUUGCUAUACCACAAGCAAUUUAGGUUAUAAAUAAUUUGAAAUUAGUGAUUUAUAUCCGAACCAUCUAUUUUCAAACUGUCAUUUUUUUCCUGCUUUUUAAUGUUAAGAUGUAGCUUGAAUUUUGACUAUGUAUCUUUCUGUCAUAGGUUUGAAUAUGCUAUACCUUGUAAUAACACUCAUAAAUUUAGUCUAGUGGUAAAUACA